AUGGAUCUAAUGAAUCGUAUUUUCAAGCCUUAUAUUAAUCAAUUUGUGGUGGUAUUUAUUGAUGAUAUUUUAAUAUAUUCCAAGAAUAGUGAAGAUCUUGAUAAACAUCUCCGGAUUAUUUUGCAAAUUUUGGAGGAGAAAAAGCUCGAUGCCAAGCUUUCCAAUUAUGAAUUUUGGCUUAGUGAAGUGGCUUUCCUGGGGUAUGUUGUGUCAGUUGAAGGUGUGAAAGUUGAUCCUAGUAAGAUUCAAGCUCUUGUUGAUUGGAAACCACCCAAAAGUCCAACUGAAAUAGGAAAUUUCUUGGGCUUAGCGGGAUACUAUAGAAGGUUUGUCAAAGGCUUCUCCAUUAUAGCCUCUCAUUUGACUAAACGUUUGAGGAAGAACGUCAAGCUCGUGUGGGAUGACAAAUUCCAAGAUAUCUUUGAAAAGCUCAAAUCUUUAUUGACUAAAGCUCUUAUACUUACUCUACCAACUGAAGGGAAAGAAUACCGCUCAGAUCCAUCUCAUGUUCUUCCUGUUGAGUAUAUUGAGGUCAAUCCUGAUUUGACAUAUGAAGAAGAACCAAUCCAAAUCUUAGCGCGUGAGUUAAAAGAGCUUAGAAAUAAGAAACUCCCUUUAGUCAAAUUCCUUUGGAGAAAGCAUCCUGGCAAGGAAGCUACUUGGGAGCGAGAAGAGGAUAUGCGAGUUCGAUAUCCACAUUUGUUUCGAGAUUAG